GAAAAGCUACCAGAAGCCGGUAAGCUUACAAACGCCGCUUUUCACCACGAACACAUUUGCGGAAUUCAGUUGAGACGAAAAUGGUUCCUCCUAAUUUAAGUUGAUAAAAGAGCUCAGCUAGCUAGCGUUUUCAACGCAAAGCUAACCGAAAUGGAAGAUGCCGGUGAAACGUUACGUGGUGAUAAGAUGCAAACAACGGUGGACUUUACACAAAGCUCGUGUAUCGCCCGUCACGAAAAAUGAGGUUCCAGUUAGAAUAAGAUGUUUAUGUUUGUAAAUGCGUUAACUUGCCAACAGAGAAGACAAACAUACUCGAUUCUAACAAGCCUGCUAUGUCUAAGACAUGACCCGCCCUACUCUGCCUCUGAUUGGCUGGUUCUCGUUAUCUUCGUUGGUUGGAAUAGUUAUGUUUAGGCGUGAGGUGAGGCAGAGCCGUGGAAAGACAAAGUCGCGUCAACGGAAGUUCAAAAUGCCUGAUCGCCACGUGAUUCACAAAGACUUCAUAUACAUCCAGAAAGUACUUGGGGGACAAUUUAAAUGCGUAGAAAGCUUUACAAACUGAGAGACGAUGUUUGGUAAUUAGUAGUCAAUGAAUAAAUUUAGCAUUAAGGAUUUACAAUAUUCAUAUAGAAUACCAACACAUGUAAGGUUAUGUAGUUCCAUCAAUGUUAAACAAAUAAGGAAAAUUCUUACCUUUUAAAAUGCAUCACAAACGAUCCAUUCCGUUGCAAUUCUAUGCUAGUAUUUGCUGCUAAAUUCCCGAAACGAUUGAGGCUCUAUGAUGCCCCUAAUACUAAUAAAUACAGUUAUCAUCACUGAUGAUAUCUAAUGGAUUUCCUGCUUUCCCCAGAAUCACCUCCAGAGAAGGAAAUCUUCUGUGCAGCAUGGUAAAUGUUAUGUGUCUGUAUAUAUGGCAUAUAUAUGCAAGGAUGGUGCAGGGAUGAUGUAUUUCUGUAGGCCAACAAGAAGUCAGCCUCACUGGGUUCCUCCACAAAAAGCCAAUAGGAUUGUUCCAUUGGAUUUUGGAUUAUUGCAGAAAAUAAUCUCUGUGUCAAACAAAUAUGAUAUUUAGAAGUUUUGUUUAUCAAGGUAAUCUUCACAAAUAACCACUUUUAUGAUCAUUGAAGAGUGAAUACGCAGAAGUAAAAAGCCUACUUUAGGCUAUAAAGGAACUCCACCUCGGUCACAUGACUUCACGUCUCCACCACUAAGCUAAAGGAGGAUAGUGUUCUAGUGAGGACGUUUAGUCGUCUCAUUCAGACACUUUUUUAAGUCACCUAAACGCUUCUAAAUUCACCAGAGGGGUGUUCACUGACCUAUUUUAUAUCAGAGAACUAAACUAUAGAAUCAGUUCAGCUUGUGUCACCACAGACCUAAUGUCAGACAGUUCACCAUAAACACAUUCAAGAAACACAAAGACUUUGAGACGAAGGAACCCAAAGUGCAAAAAUGUGGACUGAUUUCUGAGGUUUUAGGACUCUACGCAGCACCACUCGUUAUAUAUUCACCCAUUCACACACGUGAUCAUAAAGGCAACGCAAUCAUUUUGCCUUUGAAGUUUAUUUUAAAGUAAUGAAUCAAAAACCAAACUUGAAUAGAAUUCAUAAUUUCUCUACUUUACUACACUAACUGUUACUUUGUUAAAACAUAAAAUGCCAUAAGUCCAUCCACACUGUGUCCUUGCUGUUCUGGGUUGUUCUGAAAACUCCACAGAACUGCAUGAGACCCAGUAGUUUAAUGUUUCUGUGGCUCAAUCAUAUGGUUUCCGGUCUUUAUUUGGAGGAGACUCUGCAUCCGAGUCAUAAUGAAAAUUUGUUAAGAUUUAUGGUCCCUUUAUUGAUUAUAUCAGAAAGCAAAGCGACUUGGCUACAACUAAGUAUACGUGGAUUUAUGUGCCCCUCUUGUGUGACUUCAUGCUUAUUUGAAAAUCAUACACAUUGUACAUCCCCCAACAGUGACAAUGGCUGUAUGGACAUUUCUGUCAUUGUGGCAGAGGACACUGAUACAGAGUCCAAUAUUUUGAAUUAUCUAGAGGUAAAAGUUGUUCACUCUGGUUCUUGACUUGUUAUUAUUCAUGUAUUCAAUUAGGUGACUUCUACACAUAAAUAUGAAUUUGCAAAAGUUAUUAACAUUUUCGCUUUUCAAUGAAUGAACAAUAAACUUUUAUUGGUGGAGUUAUCUUUUUUAACUAAUACAUUUCUUUUACACUUUCAUUUCAGUUUUUUAUUUAAAAAAACUGAAAUGAAAGUGUACAAAAAUUGCCUUAAGAUUGUGUAAAUAGAUACACACACACACACACACACACACAAACAAACAAACAAACAAAACGACAGAAUACAAGGACUAUAAUAAAUGAUAUAGAGAAUGAGUCUUUAUGUUAUUACUGUUAAUAUUUAAGGAGUAAUCUAAAAGGGCACUGCUUCAGUAAUCUAGUACUUUUAGGAGGGAAAUAUUAGAGGAGCAUACACAUGUUUGCAAAUUUUAGCCUAAUAAUUGCAUUUAGCAAAAAAAUGUUGGGGACACAUUCAACAAAGUGUUUUUAGGGCUACAAGCAGAACCAGCCUCAGUUUUAUGGCAUCAAGAAUGAGAUAAAGUGAUGCAUCUCAUUCUUGAUGCCACAGAUAAGUGGUUCACUCAGCACUGUACAAAUGUAAGGCAACAAAUCACAAGCUAAAGUUAACUUUCACUGUUUUACAUCCCUUACUGCUGUCUGUUUAUAACUGCGUAGGUUUAUAUGCCCUUUACAAAAUGUGUUGAUGUGUUUAUUUAAAGCCUGCAUACUGUUACAGAAAUGUUGAAAUGAAAAAAAUAGAAUAAAACAACGAAUAGUCACCAACUAGGACUGUAAUAUAAAGUGAGAUACGGGAAUUAUUAAUAAUGAAUAUAUUUAGCUCAUUGAGUACUGGCGUCUGAUUAAGCCAAUAGUCACAGAGCGUAAAGCAUGACCGCGAGAUAUUCAACCAAUGGGGUAUCAGUGGGCGGGACUAAACGCCCAGCUAACGUAAGCGUCGUUAGUAGGAAGAAGAAGCCGAUUCUGGAAGCCAUUACGUUGCGCUCAUAAUUGAGUAAAUCCUACUAUUUUUGCGUACAAUACGCACAAUUACUUCAACAAAAGAGGAAUUUCUGCAAUAAUGGCAUCGAUCGCGAAAAAGAGAAAAAUGAAUUUCUCGGAGAGAGAGGUGGAAAUUAUUGUAGAAGAAAUAGAGAAACAAAAACACACACUGGUUAACCACUUCAAUGCUGGAGUCACCCACAUGGCAAAGAAUAACGCGUGGGUGGACAUCCUGAAAAAGGUCAACGCUGUCACCACCUGUCCCAGAGAGCUGCCCGAGGUGAAGAAGAAGUGGUCCGACAUGAAGACCGAGGUCCGGCGGAAAGUGGCCCAGGCGCGGGCUGCUAUAGAGGGAACCUCCGCUGACUGCGCUCCAGUGCCCGUCAUCCUCACUGCGAUGCAGCAGAGGAUCUGUAACCUCCUGGGGGAGGCCACCAUCAUCAGCUUACCUGCAGGAGACUCGGAUGCUGAGAUAAGCUUACCUGUAACCGUGACCACCGCCACCACCGUCACACUAGCAGAGACUCUUCCAGCUGGCUCAGGUACAGUCUGUGAUGAAGCAAAGCCACUGAAUGCUGAAACAACUUACCACACCCUGGAGGACGGAGGCGUGGUGGAGUACUGCACCACCACUGUAAGCGACUCCACUCCCACUGUGGUGGCGGCCAUUGAGGCUCCAGUGGAGAUGCUGGCCUCAUCCUCAGCUUCCCCUCCUCCUCCUCAGGGUCAGGCCAAACCUCAGGAGCUAAAGAGCCGUAUCGCCCUCAACUCAGCCCGCCUGCUGCAGGAGCAGAGAGUCACCAACGUUCACAUCCGACAGAUUGCCCAGCACCUGGAGGGCCAGAACGAGCUGCUGCAUAUGAUGCGGCGCUCCCAGGAGGCUCAGGCUUUCGCCCAAGAAAGACAGGCCCAGGCCCUGGAAGGUACCCAGGCUGCCCUGCUGGCAUUAGUUCAGAUGCUCAGGCCUGCGCUCAAAGACCUGCGCAAAUUCUUACAGAGUGGGAAUGAGGUGGCAAACCCCAGCAGCUCAGCAGCAGGGGGAACAGCUGACGGGGCAGGAACAGAGGAGCAGAGCAGACCCAAAACACCUCCACCUCCUCCACAGCAAUCUGAGGAGGCACAAUAGACAGUGUGUGUGUGUGUGUGUGUGUGUGUGUGUGUGUGUGCACGCGCCUUGUACAUAGAUGCACGCAGGCUUCAGAGAACAAUGAAAAGCUUGUCAAAAGUUUCCUUGGGGUGAGCAUGUGCAGACUCUUACUUAUGUUUUAUGAUUCGUCAGAGAAGCAGUGAAAAGGUUAUCUUGAAAAUUAUAAUCUGUCAUUAAUUAGCAGCAAGUUUAUGUUAUUUAAUACAUUGGUUUUAAUAUUGAAAUAAGGUUUUUAAUGCAAAGCUGCAGCAGUCAUCACCCUGCUGUGGGCUGAACAUUUCAUUCUUAGUUCUUCAAGUCAUUCUGCAGUUUACCCAGACAAAGAAUAGUGAGUCUUGUGUUUAAGAGCAGUCAGACGGGCUCUUCAGUUAGUGUGCACUCUGCCUCAGAACUGAAUCAAAUAAGAAACAAUCAUCAGUCUGUGUUUUUACUAAAGGCUGCAUCGCUGUUCAUCAACCAGAAGAGGUCAGUGUGUACAAGCAGGCUGCAUCUGAUGUAGAUUUAUUUUCAUCUUUUAUAUUCAUUUACAAAUUGGGAUGAAAUCUGUAUCAUGUGAAAUUAUUUGUAUAUAAUUUGGAAUUGAAGGAUUUAAGGAUCGUUUAUUGUUACUAUGCACAACGAUAUGCAGUUGUAGCCCAUUUUCAACACAAGUAAAAACAUGACAAACAACAAAAACUAGUACAUUCCUGUCGUGUACUUUCUGAAUUUGCAUCAUAAGGAAUGUAACCAGCAGCAACAGAAACACUUCUCUGGGCAGACAAUAUGG